AUGAGGAAAGGGAUGAGGCGGGGAGGAGGAAAGGGGUGUAGCGAGGGAGAAGAGUAUGAAGGGGAUACGGUAGAAGAGGAGGAAAGAGGGGAGGCUGUGAAGGAGGAACCACACGAGACGGGGCAUUGCAAUGCUGAGCGGGUCAGUGACAAAUAUGACAGCGGGUUUUGUGGCGGGGAGGAGCGGGGAGCGCCUAGCAGCGCGCGCGGGUCGGCGGGGGGUGGGGCUCAGAUCGAUGCUUGGGCGGGCGAAGGCGGCUCCGGGCGUGCUUUUGAGGGCGAGCAAGCAAGCGGAACCCCGCUCUCUUGUGCGAUCUGGGCGCACUUGGGUGUUUUCGCGCUGUCCCGCGGCUUCGGAUUUCCCAGAGAUCCGUGCGCCGGUCUUUUUACGUCUGUUUGGAAUCCAGCUCGGUUCUCGCCGUUUCGUCGUGUUCAUGAAAUCUACAAUCUGAUAUUCGUGUUUUCAGUGCUCUGGUCUGGCAAUAAAUGAGUUGAGGGCGACGUGGGUGGAGGGCUGAUGGAGUCGGAGGAUGAGAUGCAAGUAGGGUGGCAGGAGAGGGCGGCGACGGGAGGUGCGAUGACUGCUGCACAUGUGCUCAGGCCGGGGGCACGCUUGGGGGGAGAAGGCAUCAGUGACAAUGCCGAAUGCUGGAGAGAGAAGCUGGAGCGGGCAGAGUUAGAUGUAAGGGGUGGCAGUGAAGGUCGUACACAUUCAUAUGCUAUCCAUGGAGACCGCAGUGGUGUCAGUUUCAUACUAGACGAGGAAAUAUGUUAUGUAGCCGGUGGAGAGGAGUGUUAG